AUGGCAGACGCUGGUGUUGAAACGGCGCCCAAUGACGAAAAUGAUGAUUCUUGGUUGUAUGGAGAGUCAAUUACGGAACAAAAUGAAAAUGUGGAAUCACAAGAAAAAGUAACAGACAGUGAACAACCUAAAACAGCAACAGCCGGCGAGACAGGGGAUCACGAAGAAAAAGAAAAUGAAGAAGAAGGCAACGAUGAUUCCCACUUUAAUGAUGAACAUUUUGGUGAGGUGGAACGUGAUGACGGAGAACAAGCAAAUGGAGAUGCAGAUAGUCAGGAAAACGGAGAUUCCGAUUCAGAUGACAGCGAUGAUGUAAAGGUCACCAUUGGAGAAAUUAAAUCUGGACCUCAAGCCUAUGCUAGCUUAAAUAUAAAGAGGGGUGUAGGGUUGGUAGCAUCAGGUGCAGAGAAACCUCGACAAGGGCCAACGACAGGGGGCAAAGUAAAUUAUGAGGACUUAGAGGGUCCCGGUAGUAUCAAUGGUGUCCCUGCUCUGGAGUUUAAUAUUGACACAAUUGAAGAUAAACCGUGGAAUAAGCCUGGUGCUGAUAUAUCAGAUUAUUUUAAUUACGGUUUUAAUGAAGUCACAUGGAGUGCUUACUGUGAGCGACAAAGGCGGAUGAGAGUUAACGAAGCUGGUGUAGGUAUGCAAAUGGGGCCACCCGUACCUGACAUGAGGAGACCACCAGGUCCUGUCAGACACGAGGAAGGGCCUCCCCCAGUCAUACAGAAUAAUUACCAAUCACGAGAAAAUACUAUACAGGUGAUGACAGCUGAACGGCGCGAGUACGGCCGCUCUACAGGUGGACCGCCGCAUCGGGAUACGCCAGACUACUUUGCCCCGCCACCCGACCACUACUUUCCACAACAUUCCAACUACCAGGAGCCUGUCUGGGGUGCACCUGAGCAGACGGGUUGGGCGCCCAGUGAGAUCAAGGAGCUAACGCCAGGGCCGAUGCCUCCGCCGUCUAUGGGUCCACCGCUGGGAGUGGCGCCGCCUUCCGUGCCACCUCACAUGACGGCACCCCCACACUCUAUUGGUGCCCCCUACUCCCCCUACCGGCCGCAUCCACCACCUAUGCAUGUUCACGAACGCGAGCGUGACCGCGACCGCGAUCGUAUCCGUGAACGUGAAGACAGAGAUCGGCGCGACAGGGAUAGGAGGGAUGAGGAGGAAAGAGAUCACCGUGACAGAGACCGCGAGAGGUCACGUUCGAUAAAACCAGAUCGGUCGCGUGAAAAGUCUUACAGACGCGAAAGAUCCCGGUCGAGAUCCCGCCGCCACAAGUCUAGGUCCCGCUCACCGAGACGUGAGCGUUCCCGCGACCGGUCACGAGAUCGCGAGCGUAGCACUAAGCCCAAGUCGAAGGAUAAUAAGGACAAGGAGGACGAUAAAUAA